UGCAGGGUGAUACACACACCAACAGUAAUACACUUUGAACUUCAUGAGAGGAGCUGAAAAGUGGGCAUCCUGCUUUCCAUAUCUACUUUGAUUUCCAUGUGAAGUCAUUUAUUAAGUCUGGACUCAAGAGAAACUUCUGGAUGGGGAGACAUUUGAGACCGAAAUGGACAGUUUAAAUCUGAGUACGGGAGAGGUUUCCGUAGGAGUGCCGUCAAAGCUUUCUACUUUCACGUUUGUGCCAGCAGUGCAGAAAUUGCCAAUUAAAAACAUUUUUACUGAGAAGGGGAGAUCUGGAGCUCUGACAGAAAAACCAGAUAAGAACGGAGCCGUGUCCCACGAGAAGACCAGCAGGAAAAGUGUAUCAGACGGGGAGAUUAUCAGAGCAGAGUGGGUCUUAAUUAACGACUCUGUGGAGGGAGGAGCAGGAAAUGUAACCCUACCGCAAUUGAAGACUUCUCCAGCUCGUGCCAGCCUCUCUCAAACCAAAUCCUCUCUUUCAAUCAGUGCCCAGUCUCAAAAUACACCCAACCACGCAGCCGCAGAGACGGCCUCCAUGGAAACAGGCGCUGAUAAACACAGGGACAUUUCCCAGCAGCAGUGUCACCACACCUCCAGACAUGUUGAGGUUAGCUUGGGUUGCUGUGCAAAUAGAACGCCAGGGUCAGAGGACAUAUUAAGCCCCGCAGACUCUGGAGACCUGCUUCCCACACUGGCUUCUUCCAGGGAGUCCAUCCUCUCAGAUGCCUCGGACAGAGAGAAGAGCUGGUCCGCCGUGCAGCUUUCCUCGGUCACUUCUCCUGCCUCGUUAAGCCGUACCAUUUCUCCCUGCUCAUCCGUCCCCUCUGGUGUCUUCACCCCUUCUGUGAUCCAGGUCAAGAGGCACUUUCUUGCUCCAGGCUCUAGUCUGAUCCACAUCCCUCAGACCUGCUUCUCAUCCUGUGAGAGCCUCUCCUCCUCUGUCUUCUCCCAGAACCCUCCUCCCCGGCAUCGGCCUCCUCUCACUCGACUCUCUCUCCUCACUGCCAUCCUGAGAAAAGGUCGUCUUCCUGUUCUGUCCUCAGCGCUGCAAAGACCUUACACCCCCUGCUGGCCUGUUAACCCCGUAACACUGUCCUUCUGUAACGCGUGCUCAGCAGCCUCCAGCGUGGCCUCCAUUCCCCUCGAGUUUUCGUCUCGGUUCUCCUCACUGGCAUCUAUAGACGUUCAGAACCACCAUUGCAGGGAACCAACAUGUCAGUCAAAUGAGCUCAACAGAACGUGCACGCCAUCUCAAGUGCAAAGACGCUCAGAGCCAGUGAAUUUCACGCUACCCCGAGCUCCUGUAUUUUGCUCAAACUUCCUCUCUGCUUCUCCACCAAAGCAUGAAGAAACAGUCUGUACAACUUCCAAAACCUUGCCCCUCACACACAUCUCCAUAUCCAAACUCCCUGAGCUGAAGCCCGGCAGUAAUCACACGUUCCUCAAGGGCAGUGCGGAUAAUAACCUUAAAAAACUCAUCUCCCCGUCCCCCAAACUCAUUAACGAGCCACAGACUUCCACGCCCCAGAAAUGGAGUCGCAAGCCAAAUUCAUCUCUCUCAAAGCUUCGUUGGCUUUCUCAGCAACUGAGAUCUUCGCCUGUCUUCCCCCCUCAUCCUGAGCCUUCUCACUCAUGUGCAACGAUUUUCCCCGCUCGUGCUGACACAGCAUCACCUCUCCCUCCUCCACGAAAUCCCACAGGAAGGUACGAAUUAGAGAGGAGCCACUUCGACCCCACAGGUGCCACACAUUCGCAGGGCAUUCGCAAAGCUCCCUGUCUGUCGCCUUCCUGCUACACGCCCAUUGUUUUUUCUGGAUGGCCUUCACCCACCAGCUCUCCCACGCCAACGCCCUCUCCUGCUCCACCAAUCAGAGAUCUCACCCCUUCCCCUUUCUCCCUGCGCUCCACACCCUCACCAAGGCUGGGGAGUGGAAUAUCAGACUACAGUGACAGGGAGGGUAAAAAAAGAAAGACACACAAAAUUACGCUAAGCUACAAAUCCCUCGCCGCUAUUCCCACAAACACCCUGCUACUGGAUCAGCAAGCCAUAGAUGAGCAGGUCGAGAGAGAAAUGAGUUCCUGUGACACGCUGAACACAGGCAUCGCAUCAGACACCCACACUGAGAUGUGCUCGCCUGCUCAGCUCCGGCAGCAGUCUGAGGAACUUUAUGCUGUCAUUGAUGAGAUAUUGGCAAAUUCCAUUGCUGCAUCCACCAGGUCAUCAACAACCAACAAUGGUCUGCAGCCAAAAAACUCAUCAUUUUCAAAAUCGUUGGGACGUGAAACCAAAUAUGCAUCUUUAUGCAGCUUGCACCCAUCCGCCGACGUGGAGAGAAAGCUGCUGGGUCGCAAACAGACAAAACCGGUCAUUCGCCUGAUGACGGCCAUUCCAAGACUGACAAUAGAGGAUAAAGAUGAAUUUCAUCCAAAGCCCUUCAGGCAGUUUGCCAGCAAGCAGACCUCAACUGACAAGAAAAGGGUGGAAAACAAACAUCCCGACGAGGUGGGGAAAGAUUCACACGCAGGUACAAAGGGCAAAAUGUUGAGAGAGGAGAGGAAGGCUGAAAGAAGAAGUCCAUUCUCACUAUGUGAGCUGCACAUUAAAGAGCCCGACGAGCAGCUCAGUCGCCACGGGAAAGGUGCUUCAGCAAGUUUCAGCUCCACCGAGAGGCAUAUGGAAGAUCUUGUCCUGCUGUAGCCACCUGCUUCUGGAGAAACUUGUGUUCCACUCCCACCCACAAGAAAAUACUUAUCUGAACUCAAACUCAUCAGAAACAGUAUUCUUACCUGUUUCUGUGCUUGUGCCACCCAAAGACUCGCCUGUAACCUCCACUGUAAAAGCAAUAACUACUUGAACCAGCAACCAGCUUGGAAAUAGAAACACACUCAUCUGUCAAACCACUUGAUGGUAACAAGACUUAAUCUUGCAAAGGAACAGAGAUUUCUGAAUAAGGAUAAAUACUUACUCGUUAUAAAUUUGAAGUGUUCAUUAAAAUCAUUAAAAUCCUUGAACUUUCUUCCAGCGUGUCCUGCCAAUGAAUCUUUAGCAUGGCCUUAGCAGAA